CACAAAGUGGACUGGAAGCUGAACAGAGUCCUGCAGGAGGGACUGCAUCACAUCAUCCCAGUCGGAGCUGGACUCUCCUGUGAUCCUGUUCCCCGAAGGAUCAUUACUGCACCGAGACCAGGAUUAAUGAAUGUGCUCCUGGACCGGGUUUUGGUAUGAUGGGCAGACUGAGAGCGCAGCCCCGCGGCUCAGAUAGAUGAAGAGGUCAUGGAGAGACGGAGCUGUGGAGUCCGACACAUGUGCACUCUGACUCUGCUGCUGGUCUCUGUGUGUCCGCUGUGCUGCAGAGCCUCCUGGAUGUGGUUGGGUGUGGCCCCGGCCGGAGUCCCGGAGAAGCUGGGCUGUGCUGCCCUCCCUCUCAGCCACAAGCAGCGGGACCUGUGCCGGAAGAAGCCGUUCCUGCUGCCCAGCAUCCAGGACGGAGCCCGGCUCGCCAUCGCGGAGUGUCAGAGCCAGUUCAGACACGAGAGGUGGAACUGCUCCACCAGGGAGGACCCGUCCGUGUUCGGAUACGAGUCAACGAGCGGAACCAAAGAAACAGCGUUCAUUUACGCGGUGAUGGCGGCGGGGCUGGUCCACGCCGUCACGCGCUCCUGUAGUCAGGGCAACAUGACGGAGUGCGGCUGCGACACUCAGCUGCAGGGCAGCGGCUCGCCGGAGGAGGGCUGGCACUGGGGCGGCUGCUCAGACCACAUCCAGUACGGGACCUGGUUCAGCCGCAAGUUCAUCGACAGCGGCGUCAAAAACAUGUCGACAACCAGAGGAGGAUACACGCAGACCACCAUGAAUCAGCACAACAGCGAGGCGGGACGCCAGGCGAUUGACAGGACGAUGUCCACAGACUGUCGUUGUCACGGUGUCUCCGGCUCCUGUGCGGUGAAGACGUGUUGGAGGACGAUGGCGCCGUUCGAGCGUGUCGGCGUGUACCUGAAGGAGCGCUAUGAACGCAGCGUUCAGGUGUCGGACCGCUCGAGGAGGAAGACGAGGAGGAAGGAGCAGCGUCGUCUCCCCGUCAACAAACAGCAGCUCAUCUUCCUCAAUAAGUCUCCAAACUACUGUCUGGAGGACCGGCGGCGCGGCAUCGCCGGCACCAAAGGACGCCGCUGCAACCGGACGUCCACCGGCUCCGACAGCUGCAACCUGCUGUGCUGCGGCAGAGGAUACAACACUCACCUGGUGAGACACGUCGAACGCUGCGAGUGCAAGUUCGUCUGGUGCUGCUACGUCCGCUGCAGGCGCUGCGAGAGCAUGAACGACAUGCACACCUGCAAAUAAAGACCAGGACACACCUGCAAAUAAAGACCAGGACACACCUGCA